UACAAAAAAGCAGGAAUCUGGCUUUACGACACCGCCAUAAAGAGUGUACCGAAGAAGACACUUUUGCUACUAAUAACACUUCGGGUUUCUGCAGUAAAGAUGGCAGCCUCUUUGCUCAGGGUAGGACGGCUCGGAUCUCUCAGGUGUCUGCAGACGGGGGGCUUGAGCUCUAUCAGAAGAGCUCCUGCUGUAGCUUUCAGCUCCAAAUCUGGGGACAGCAAGAAGUCCAAAAAGUCCAACAAAGAAAAAGCAGCACCAAAAACUUACUUCGAUAUAGAAAAACUUGUCCAGCACAGAUCAUAUGUGGAAUUCCCCAAGAAGGAGGUUGCAGCUUCGGUUGCUGCUGCCUCUACAGAAGCUGCAUCUGUUGCUGCGCCUGCACCUGAACCAGUUGUAACUGCCACCGCGCCUGCAGCCGAAGCCGCUGCUCCCAGAGCUGAAACCAUUGCCCCCGCAUUUGAAGCCAUUCCUGUAGUUGAAGCUGCUGCCCCCGCAGUUGAAGCCACUGCCCCUGUAGUUGAAGCCACUCCUGAAGCUGAAGCCGCUGCCCCUGUAGUUGAAGCCACUCCUGUAGCUGAAGCCGCUGCCCCUGUAGCUGAAGCCGCUGCUGCUGUAGUUGAAGCCACUCCUGUAGCUGAAGCCGCUGCUCCUGUAGUUGAAGCCACUUCUGUAGCUGAAGCCGCUGCCCCUGAAGUUGAAGCCACCCCUGCAGCUGAAGCCACUGCCCCUGUAGUUGAAGCCACUCCUGUAGCUGAAGAUACUGCCCCUGAAGUUGAAGCCACACCUGCAGCUGAAGCCAUUGAGCUUACACCUGAGGCCACAGUUUUCCCUCCAGAAAUGAUUGCUGAAACUGCAUCCCCUGCAGUUGAAGCUGCAGCUCCUGAAGCCCCUGCUGCACCAGCCUCUGAAGAUGCACCUACAGAAGACGCCCCUGUCCAGGAAGCAGUUGCUGAGGUUGUAGAAGCUGUCAGUGAAGUAGUUGCAGAAGUUGUGGCGGAAGCUUCCCCAGUUGUAGAGGCUGUUGCUGAGGUAGUUGGAGAAUCUGGCCCUAUUGAGGCGGUUGCAGAGGCAGCUCCUGCUGAAGAGCUGAUAGAUCCUGCUCCUGUGAUCUCAGAUGCUACUGAAGUUCCAGCAGAAGUUGUGGAGACGCCUGAGGCUGGAUUGGACCCCAUUCAGAAACUUUUCCUAGAUUCAAUCCGCGCAUACUCCACAAAAAGCGGUGCCGCUGGUGGUCUAGUUGAUGCCGGUUCAGAAUAUCAGAAGGCUCUUGCUGAGGAAAUAACUAAACUGCAGCGGUUGUACAGUGGUGGUGAUCUGUCUUCCUUCCCUGAGUUCAAAUUCCCUGAGCCUAAAUUUGAUGAAGUGUCCUCCAAGUAAACUUCUGAUCCACUCCUGUGCCUCAGUGCAGUUUUGUGAAAGAAGUCUACUGUGUGAAGUCUAAGUGACUUUAAUCUGUAAAAGUGAACAU